AUGGUUAAAAGGAAACUUCUUGUUUACAGAGAAAAAUUGAACCCCAUUAUUCGAUUAUACCAACAUUGGUUUGAUGAGCACUUCCAUUUGCAGGUCUUCGCCAAAGGUGUUGAAAAGGACACGGUUGUAUUGAUGGCUGCAAGAGCUUCAAGAUUGGAAAAUCAAGAUGCUAUUGAUGCAGCAAUUGUUGCCAUGCUAGCUGAUCCUAAGGAGGCUCGAGCGGGGAUUACAGAAGUUCACUUCCUUCCAUUCAAUCCAACUGAUAAAAGGACAGCACUUACAUACAUAGACACAACUGGUAACAUGCACAGACUGAGCAAAGGUGCACCAGAGCAGAUACUCAAUUUGGCAAGCAACAAAUCAGAAAUUGAAAAAAGGGUACACACAGUAAUUGAAAAAUUCGCAGAGCGUGGACUUCGUUCCCUUGCUGUUGUGCAGCAGGAAGUUCCUGCUGGUACGAAAGACAGUCCUGGUGGACCUUGGGAGUUCGUCGGUCUUCUUCCCCUAUUUGAUCCACCACGUCAUGACAGUGCUGAAACAAUUAGAAGAGCUCUAGAUCUGGGUGUGCGUGUUAAAAUGAUUACAGGGGAUCAACUGGCAAUUGGAAAAGAAACUGGGAGACGACUUGGGAUGGGCACAAACAUGUAUCCAUCAUCAGCAUUGCUUGGUGAAAAUAAGAAUAGCAUAGAUGGAACUCUAGCAAUUGAUGAACUCAUUGAGAAUGCUGAUGGUUUUGUUGGUGUAUUUCCUGAACAUAAAUUUGAGAUCGUGCAGCGAUUGCAAGGUAAGAAGCACAUAGUCGGAAUGACUGGUGAUGGAGUCAAUGAUGCACCUGCAUUGAAGAAAGCAGGCAUAGGAAUUGCUGUCGCCGAUGCCACAGAUGCAGCUUGUGGCGCAUCUGAUAUAGUACUGACAGAACCUGAUUUGAGUGUGAUUAUUAGUGCUGUUUUGACAAGCCGUGUGAUCUUUCAAAGAAUGAAGAAUUACACAAUAUACGCGGUAUCUAUAACAAUACGUAUUGUGCUAGGUUUCUUGUUGCUAGCGGUAUUCUGGAAAUUUGAUUUCCCUCCUUUUAUGGUCCUAAUCAUUGCGAUUCUUAAUGAUGGUAAUAUUAUGACGAUUUCCAAAGACAGGGUUAAGCCAUCUCCAGUUCCUGACAGUUGGAAGCUGAGUGAAAUCUUUGCAACCGGGAUUGUGUUAGGCAGUUAUCUUGCCGUUACCACAGUUAUAUUCUUCUCGAUCAUUUACGAUACUAAAUUUUUUCCGGAAAAAUUCGGUGUAGAAGAUAUCUUCAACGAGAAUCUCUAUUAUACCAAUAAGACCCUCAAUCCGGGAAUGAUUGCCAAGCUAUCAUCUGCUCUGUACCUUCAAGUUAGCACCAUCAGCCAGGCUCUAAUUUUUGUCACACGCUCCCGAGGAUGGUCAUUCCUGGAAGUACCUGGUCUGCUUCUUCUUAGUGCUUUUGUAAUUGCUCAACUGAUUGCUACAUUAAUAUCUGCUGUAGCAACAUGGGAAUUUGCUAGAAUUCAAGCAAUCGGCUGGAAAUGGUGUGGUAUCGUAUGGAUAUACAACAUUCUAAUCUACAUGCUACUUGAUCCUGUCAAGAUUUUUGUUCGAUAUGCACUCAGUGGGAGGGCUUGGAGUUUGGUAUUAAACAAGAGAACGGCUUUUAACACCCAAAAGGACUUUGGUAAAGAGUUCCGCGAGGCUGCAUGGGCGGCAGAACAGCGGACGGUCCAUGGCCUCCCAUCUGUGGAGGCAAAGAACAUUCCUGAGAGGCACACAUUCAGGGAUGUUAGCAUCAUGGCUGAAGAAGCCAGGAGACGUGCAGAGAUUGCAAGACUAAGGGAGCUUCACACUUUGAAGGGGAAGGUCGAGUCCUUUGCACAGCUAAGGGGUUUGGACAUCGAAACGAACCCAAAUUACACCGAGUCAUUUCUAAUGUACUUCUGGCUACUCUAGUUUCCUUCCAAUUGUUACCAUUUUGAUAUUUCUUGCCCUUUUUGUUUUGUUUCCUUUCCUGUGUUCUUAAUUAUAUUUUUACUUGUGUUGUAUGGAUUUGAUGGACAGAAAGCUCUUAUAUGAAAAUAAAAUAUAGGAUAAAGUACAAAAAACUACCUCAACUAUUGGUGUCCCGACACUUUCAUACCUCAUCUUUUAAAAUUGACAAU